ACAGUUGCCGCGCGAAUUUGAACUGCAGAGGGCGGUGACUCCUAUGGGACAUGGCCGAUACUGCAUGCUUGGCUCUGAGGCUGCUAGCAGCACUACGCGAGGAGGAGGCGCGGGCUGUGGAGGAGCUGCUGCGCCUCGGAGCGGACCCCAACCUGGUGUUGGACGAUGGCGCUGCGGCGGUGCACCUGGCAGCCAGAGCGAGCCACCCGCGCGCCCUGCAUUGCCUUCGGAUGCUGCUGCGCUGGGGAGCGGAUCCCAAUGCUCGGUCCGCGGAGGGGCUGACGCCUGUGCAUGUGGCUGCCGCGUGGGGCUGUUGUGGUGCUCUGGAGUUGCUGCUGAGCCGAGGAGGUGACCCCACACUGCGGGACCAGGAUGGGCUCAGGCCCUUGGACUGGGCACUACAGCAGCGACACCACAACUGCGCACGAGUGCUGCAGGAGCUGGACACGCCCACCCAGCCUGAUGAGACCCGAGAACCCACAGAGUCUUCUGGAGUUUCUCAAGAUUCGGAGUUGCACGUGCAUAGAGCUGAGCUGGAGGUGGAGGCUGUAGAGGUGGCUGUGCAUCCCCAGAGCUCUGAGGCCACCGAGAACUCAGACUACAGCAGCGAUGCUUCGUUUGUCACUGCAGUGGAGGACUCUCUGCAGCCCGGGCGCCCUGGGGGGGCAUUGGAGCUAGUGGCUGGCUUGUGGGUAACCCGUGGGGCUGUGUCAGCUGGGAAGGGAGCACCCAACUGCCAGCCGCAGGUCCUGACAUUGACUGCAAGGGACACGGACAAACCCGUACUGCCUGGUGAUGGGGAUCUGGGGGCUUUGCACCCCCACAGUUCGGUGCCCCCCAUGUCGGAUCUGCAGCUCCUCCAGGCCCUGCGGGCGCUGGGCUAUAGCCCUGGACCCGUCACACCUUUCACCAGAGGACACUAUCUACGGCGGCUGCAGGAAGCCCAGGCUAGCCGUGCUGAUGUAGGGCAUAGCCAAGAACUGGCGGAGGCACUAAGGACAGGCACCAUCCCUGACUGCCAGGUGGAUGAGGAAGCCCUGGCUCAGUGCUUUCAGCGGCUGGAUCCCUUGAAGAAGUGGCGGGAAGGCAUUACAAAGUCUAGUUUUACGUAUCUACUUCUCGACCCCAGGCUGACGAAGGACCUGCCGGCCCGAGCCUCUUCCCUCACACUGGCUGAGUGUCUGCAAUGUUUCGUGAGAGCCAUCUUCUAUGUGGGCAAGGGAACCCGAGCCCGACCAGAUGCCCACCUCUGGGAAGCCUUUGGCUACCAUGACCAGCCAAGGAAACAGGUCUGUCCCAAGGUUCGCCGGAUCUUAGACAUCUGGGCUAGUGGCCGGGGCAUCAUCUCUCUGCACUGCUUCCAGCAUGUGGUGGCCAUGGAAGCGUACACUCGGGAAGCCUGUCUGUUGGAUGCCCUAGGUCUCCAGACACUGACCAACCAGAAACAAGGGCACUACUAUGGAGUGGUUGCCCAUUGGCCACCCUCUCGGCGUCGGCGUUUGGGGGUGCACCUGCUACAGCGUGCUCUGCUGGUCUUCCUGGCUGAGGGGGAGAGAGAGCUGAGGCCUCAGGACAUUCAGGCUCGAGGCUGAAUGCUGAGGAUGUGACAUGAAUCCUGAGCCAUCAAGGUGUCUGAGCAUCUGGCUGGUUCCUAACUGUUCCCAGCUCUAGCUUCAGAGGACAGUGUGUUUUCUUGUGUGUGUGUGUGUGUGUGUGUGUGUGUGUGUGUGUGUGUGUGUGUGUGUGUAUGUGUGUAUGUGUGUGUGCGUGCGCGCGUGUGUGUGCGUGUAUGUGUGUGUUUUUAAAUAUGUGACAGUAUUUCUUAAUCAAGCUGAGUGAACAUUGGGAUACAUGGUGCUUCUGGAAGAGUAGUGAGCUCCCCAUCACGGGAGGAAAACAAGCCAAGGAGCAGAAGCUAUUCUGGAGCACCACCUUUAAUCCCAGCAUUCAGGAGGCAAUAGCAGACAGAGCUCUGUGAGUUCAAGGACAGCCUGGUUUAUAGAAAUGAGUUCCAGUGCAGCCAGGGGAUAUACAGAGAAACCAUGUCCCCCAAAACAAACCAAAAAACAACAACAAAGCCAAGAUGGUACUCUGGAAUGCUACUUUGUCUCCAUGUCUCAUCUUCUGAUGCAAGGAAGAGCUCAAGAGAGAUAAUCCAGGUGCACUGGUAGUGAUGGUUCAUCAUCCCUGCCUUUGGGAAGCUGAGGCAGGAGGAUUGCUAGUUGGAGGCCAGCCUGGGCACCUCAGAAUGGGAAUUGACAUUUAUGUUAGUGGUGACAGUCCUUUUCCCCAUGGCUAUCCAUACUCCAGACAGCCUGGGAUCCCCACUGUGCUCCUAGGAGCGCAUCUUAGAUCAAACAGCACUGAAGAGUUCCAAACUGACUGUGGGGAAGUGGUGGGAGAGUGCACACUCACAUGUCGCUAGUGUCCUUGCACACCGACUGUGGUGGGAGAGUGCACACUCACAUGUCGCUAGUGUCCUUGCACACUGACUGUAGUGGAAGAGUGCACACUCACAUGUCGCUAGUGUCCUUGCACACCGACUGUGGUGGGAGAGUGCACACUCACAUGUCGCUAAGUGUCCCUGCACACUGACUGUAGUGGAAGAGUGCACACUCACAUGUCGCUAGUGUCCUUGCACACCGACUGUGGUGGGAGAGUGCACACUCACAUGUCACUAGUGUCCCUGCACUGUCUUUUGAAAGAUGAAUCAUUUAAUAUAGUGUAAGUAGUGCAUUAAUCUGGCAGCUGUAUUUCUUUACCUUCUGUAGUCCCCAGUUACCACACAACGUUAUUUCAAGCCAUAAUUCACUGCUGGGCAGAUAGGUGAUCACUAAUAACCCUGUACUACUCUGGUUAUCACCCAAGCAUGGGUCCCCUGAUACUUGCAUAUUAUUAUUGAACUGGCUCUUUCAGCUUCAGGUGAUUUUUUUUUUUUGGUUUGGUUUUGUUUUUAAUUUAUUUAUUAUGUAUAUACAAUGCUCUAUCUCCAUGUACCAGAAGCAGGCAUCAGAUCCCAUUACAGAUGGUUGUGAGUCACCAUGUAGUUGCUGGGAAUUGAACUCAGGACCUCUGGAAGAGGUCAAGAGUCAGUCCUCUUAACUUCUGAGCCAUCUCUCCAGCCCCAGAUGUUUUUCCCAUGGUGUGUCUUCUUAGACUCUUCCUUACUGAUCUGAGCCUCCCCUUCCCCUGCAACCCCUGUUCUAUUCUCUCUUCUACCCAGCCUCUGGAUGAUCAGCAUUUAUUGACAAGACAGAAUGAGUGCUAAGAAUUGUUUUCACGCUGGGCGUGGUGGCGCACGCCUUUAAUCCCAGCACUCGGGAGGCAGAGGCAGGUGGAUUUCUGAGUUCGAGGCCAGCCUGGUCUAUAGAGUGAGUUCCAGGACAGCCAGGGCUAUACAGAGAAGCCCUGUCUCGAAAAACCAAAAAAAAAAAAAAAAAAAGAAUUGUUUUCACAAACGUCAGGAGAUUCUUAGCCUAACCAUUACAAUGCUAUGUCAGGAUUGAAGCAAGAUAUGAGGUCAUUUGAAUAAUUAUACAGUCCCUAAAGUCUCGACACAUGCUCUCCCUUGACCUUCAAGGAAAUGCUCAUCAGGAUCUGUAGCCACACUGGCAAGUCCUACUUGCUGUCUACCCUUCAGUCCCACCCAGGAGGAUGCCUAGGAUGGUCUGUCACGCUCAUAAGGUAUUCCCUCACUCAGUCAAUGCCUACAAGAUGAUCAGAACUUCUUAACCUUGGCUCUGCUGACACUUGGGGUUGGGUCAUUACUAUGAGGGCAUCAUCUGUGUUGUAGGGUGCUGGGCAGCCUUGUUGGGUCCCUACAUCCUCCACAGGAUGCCAGGGAAGCUCUGCCCUCACCUAGAAGGCUGCCCACUUGUCUUGGGCCACACCUACCUGGAAGCCCCACUGAGAAAGAACAGUCCCUCUCCAAAGUGCCUAGAUGCUUAGGCAAAGGCUAGAUGCCACGCCCACAGGAAACAUACUCAUCCAGGGCCACACCCAUGCCCACACUCAUAUACACACACACACACACACACACACACACACGAAAACCAUGCUUCCUUCUACAUACCACACCAAAUUUAAGGCCUGCUACCCAGAGACACACAACUUUUGACCUAACAGACCCACGCCCACAGGGAGUUGGCAUACCUGCCUCUACAAGGCCGUGCCCAUCCAGUUGGAGUCGGGGAAUCCUGGCUUGACGGGUUUUGGGUUCCACAGGAAACAGCAGCCCGGGUUUUGGGUUCCACAGAAACAGCAGCCCUGGACAAAUAAGCUUUGAGCGGGGGAGGUGCAGAGACAAGCUGGGGUGGGGACUGUGGGGUCAGGAGCACUGCAUGGCUGCCCACGGGCUGGACCACCUGCUGAGAGGGUCGCUCUAACCGGGUUAGGCUUUGAAGGCUUUGAAACUUGUGGGGCUUCCUCUCUUCAUCUCAGUUGAAAGAGUGGAAGAAAGAGAAACCUGCAAAAAAAAAAAAAAAAGGCUGAUUACAAGUAGCUUUCAGAUCUGGGACUAGGCAAAAUGGGAAAUUUAAUUUCAAGUGCUGUAAAGGAAAUGGCAAGGGACAAAAGGAUAGAUUUUUUUUUUCAAGGCACCAGUAAAAUAUUGCAGUUGAUGCCACUGGGAUAGCUCCAACUUUGUGCCCAGAAGGGAUUUUCUGUUUUCUUUUUCUUCCUAUAUUCUCUCCUUUUAAAUGGCUAAGUGGUUGGAAAAGCUGCAGGUGGAAAUGGAGAGACCUGAGAAACAAAAAAAAUGGCUGAAAUGGGAAAACAAAAGGGGGUCACUCUCUCCCUCUUAAAGGGUCGCAGAGUUGGCUGUGCAACUGGAGAGGCUGGGGACAGAGGGAACAUCCUGGUUACUGAGCAAGAGAGAGCGAAUUUCCUGCUGGAGAAAAGAGAGAAAGCAACUCUUCCAGGUGACAAUCUGAUGAAACAGCCUAUUUCCAGAGAAAGGGGUAAUGUCGAAACAACUGAGCCACCAGAGUGGAAGGAGAGGUGGACCAGGGUUAUGAGAUUAACACCAUCUACUUUGCCAGUAAUCAUAAAGCAUAUGCCUGCUAAUGGUGUGGAAUGAGGUUAUGAUGAGAUAGGAUGGUCCUAUAGAAAUGGUAGAUCUAAGGCGGGUUUAAAGAGGCCAUGUUUCAUAUGGGAUGCACUUGCCUUAUGUGAAACAAAUUCUAAAUAACUGGGCUACUCAAAAUAGAAUUAUUCCCCAAGACUGGAAGCGAUUGAUAACAGCUAUACUAGAGACUGGUCCACAGUUGCAAAAUGUAGAACUAAAAAUGCAUAUGUUCUACAUGGAUGUGCUAAUAACAGUUGGAAGCCUGCAAAUGUUUUGUGUUGGGAUGCAGACUUAUUUAUAACCCCACAGGAAAUGAGAAGAUGUGAAUACUAUCAAAACAGAUAAAGAUUAGAACUGAGCAGGAAGUGACUCUUUAAAACCUUGGCCACUGACAUGAAAAGUGUUUUAUUCAUGGAAAAUGUCUCUGUUUAUAAUUUCUCACUACAUGUAGCAUGACUAAUGGCUUAAAACAGAAGGAGAAAAUGUAGUGACAAUUUGGGGAUUUUGGUUUCUUUAAAAAUACUCAUUCCCAAUACCUGUAUUAAUAUUCAAUAUCUGCACUUAUCCCCAAUACCUGUAUCUAUACCUAUUACCAGAACCUUCCCAGCACCUGAACAAUUCCCAACAUCUGAACAUAUAUUCAGUGCUGGUACUCAUGCACUUCUGUAGAACACAAGUUUUCUUCCCAACCCCAGGGUCUCUAAACAAUGACUCUGACAUUACUACACCUUGCUCUCUUUGAGAGCCGUUUCUUGCCCUGUCUGCCUCUCUUCUAGAAUCAUUUACUGCUUAUUGGAUGUUCUGCCUUCUAUUUCCUGCCUCAGUGACAUGCCAAUAAAUUUUAAUUGGCAGGUUUUGCAUCCACACAAUACAUGCUGUAUAAAAUAUUUAAUCUCAAUUUGGGCUUCUACCCUGCCUUUGAUCAUUUAGUUCCUGUAUAAAACUCACACACAACCUUUAUAUUUAUAAUAAGCCUUAAUCAGCACAAGAGCCGGGCAGAUGUCUGUCAUCUAUGUGAUUAUGUCUAUUUCCCAGCCAAUAAGCCCAUUAAAUAAUUUGUCAACGCUUCAUCUGGGCUGCUCUUAACUCCAAUGAUUCAAAGCACAUGGCCAUCAUUUUAGGAUUCUUACCCCACAGCAUCUUCUCUCUUCACCAUUUUCCCCCUCCUUGUGGCUCUCCAACCCCAUUUAGAGUUCUGUACCUAAAUCAUUUUUUUAUCAUAGCCUUUAUUACCAACCUAAUAACACCUUUUUAUACCUAAAAACAUUUUCUCAAACUUUAAACAAUUUAAUCUUAAUUGUGAGACUGUAACUAUCUAGUCUAUCAGAGACUUGAGAAGGAAUAUUACCUGACUAUGAAGUGCUAGCAAGCAGCUUCCAAAACUACAGACUGAGUUUUAUAAUGACACAGUUGGCUGCCUAGACAGUCCCCUAAAAGUUCUCUACAACAAUGGAGCCAGAACAUCUGACAGACUUUAAUGGGAAACAGGAAUUAUACAGGUGUUUGUCCCUGCAAAGCUCAGGAGUUGUCUUCCCUAGGGAUCCAUGUUUGUCCCUUUUGGACAGCAUUCUGUCUGCAACUGAAGCAAGGGCAGUUCCUGCCCAGUGGUAGCUUGCCACAUUUGAAGAAAACUCCACAGGGAGAUUCUCUGGUGCUCAUCAUCUUCUUUGAAGUCGAAUGUGGGUGCUGUCAGGAGCUGAUAGGUCUCAUGGUCAAAAAAAAUCGUUAAAAUAAUAAAACAUUAAAUAUCAUAAUCUAUAGGUCUCUGAGGAUUUUGAAACUAUCUAUUUAUCUGUCGCCCUUCUGUUCACCCGUCUAUCUAUCUGUCUGUCUGUCUGUCUGCCUGCCUGCCUGCCUGUCUGUCUGUCUAUAUAGCACGCCUGAUCUGAAUAGGCAAACUACUUGUUUUUUUGUUUGUUUGUUUGUUUGUUUGUUUUUUGUUUGUUUUUUAGCUAUUUUCUAUCUGUUCAACCUAAAAGCAUAUUUUGUGAUAAAAUAAUCUAGUAUCUAAUAUGGCUAUGAGUUUGAUUAUUAUCUUGUAUUACUUAAUUAUCUUAAACAGUUUGUAAUUGUAGCUUUAAAAAGAACCAAAACUUUACAUUGCACUUUUAAAUGAGUUGCACAGGUCCCAUACCUUAUCCAAGAGUUGAAACAUACAUACAAUAUGUUGUAACACAAAUAACCUUUGUUUUAUAUCAAAUAAGGUCUAUACCAAUGUAAGAUAAUUGGCUAUAAAGUUUUCUUUGCUUUAAGAGUAGAUUAAAUAAUCUACCCCUUUUUCCUAUUAUUCCUAUAUACUCCCCUCUUUUCAACCUUUCUCCCCCUAUAUAAAACACAAAGACGGAUAUAGAAAAGAAAAGUAAAGAGAGAAAUCUCUGAGUCUAACUUUCUGUAUCUUUUCUCCCUGAUCAAGACAACCAACCCUGCUAAAUAACAACAAUCACCCAUAAUGCAUAAAACAGUGACAAAGCCAUCCAUGCUGCCUUUGGGAAAUGGGAUGCUGUUCACUUCAAAUUGCUACCUGCUCAUUUUGGACAUAGUUUUGCUUCUGGGGGCCCAAAGGAAAUUGGGAAAAUGGUUAAGUCUUAGUAAAGCCAGCUGCAACAUUUGUUGUCCAGUCAUGUGCUGUGAAAAUGCAGGCUUAAGUCAAGUGCUGAUUAGAACAGUCUGAGGCCGGACCAGGUGAGCUAGCUGCUCUGAAGUUGUCCUAGAAGCAAGUUUUGAUAAAACAACAAUCAAGGCAGCUGCAAGACUGGGUCAUCUGGGCUACUUGUCUUGCUUUCAUUGCUGUCUGGUGCUUUUGCACUAAUAACACAGUCUCACAAUUAAUAUACAUUUCUGCAUUAACAUGUAUAGCUUGUUCUGUAUACACAAAUCAGUUAAAGGUGAUUCUCUGCUCAAAGAGCGGUGACAUCUGUAUAACCAAACUACAGUACAAAUCUCCAUGUAAAAAAAAAAA